AUGCUUGCUAUUUUUGGGCUCGGGCUCAUUGUCAGCAGGCAAAGGCUGUCUUCCCAGUAUUGCAAGGAAAAAGAUGAGGAUCAUGACAACAAUCAUCUUCAUAUUUUCUGGGCCCCCUUUUUACUCCUACACCUUGGGGGUCCAGACACCAUCACUGCAUUCGCGCCUGAGGACAAUGAACUGUGGCUCAGACAUUUGUUUUAUCUGGCUUCACAGUGCAUUGCUGUAGCGUAUGCUUUCUAUCAGUUUUUAGAAUAUAAUGACGUACUUAGGACCCCGACAAUACUCAUGUUUUUGUGUGGAAUAAUCAAGUGUGCUGAGCGUACGUGUGCUCUGUAUUAUGGAAGUGCAAACAGCUUCCGCAAUUCCAUGCUUUCAAGACCUGAUUCAGAAGCCAAAGAUGAUCCGAGAAAUGAGAACACAGCUCUGAUUAAAACGAAUAAGGAUGCUUUGUCCCAUUUACAGGUGCUGCAGUAUGCAUUUCUAUACUUCACAGCCUUCAAAGGACUUGUUGUCGAUCUCAUUCUCAGCAUCCAUGAACGCAACCAGAGCCGGGAGUUUUUCCUUGCAAAAUCAUGUGACGAUGCCUUCAAGUUAGUUGAGGUAGAGUUGAAUUACCUCUAUGAUGUUCUUUUUACUAAACUUUCUGUGUUGCAUCAUAAAAUUGGCUACUUCUUUCGAACCCUAUCCUUUAUUGCUGUUGUUGCUUCCUUUAUGCUCUACCAUUCUCACCAGCGAAAGCAUGAUCUUCACAAUGAUGUAGUGAUUACUUACACUUUGCUUAUCGGAGCAAUUGUGUUAGAGGUGAUUGCGUUUUAUAUGCUACUUUUCACCGAUUGGACAGUCAUAAGGCUCCGGCCUUUGUCUGAUACAACCCCCAACAGUAACUCAUGGAAAGAUAAGUUUCUUAGUUGGAUACUGGUUGCUAAUAACACUAGGAGUGUGUUCCUGCAGUGGUUUCUUCAUCUCGUGGGAGAUAAAGAUCAUCAUCCCGAAUUAGAAUAUACAGAUUGCAGGUGGGCUGGAUGCUUGUCAACAUUCAAUCUGAUACAUUAUUGUUUACAUAAACGAUCCAAUAGAAAGGAAAGCAUUUAUAAUUUUUUUGGCCUAGUUGGUUUUCUGAAUGAGGUUUGGUAUGUAAAACCACAUCGACUAACUCAUAACAUAACCGGUUUCAUUUUCGAAGAGCUAAAAAAGAAGUCAGAGAAGGCUCACAGCUUAGCCAUGGCUAAAGAAAUAUGUUCGUCGAAAGGAGAGUGGGUACUCAAUGAAAUGGAAGACGACCUUGGUAAUUUCCUUCCUUUUGUUGCUAAUUUCAACUACGAUGAUAUACUUCUGGUAUGGCACAUUGCAACAGAAGUCUGCUACGUCGACAGCCAAGAGCAACAGAAUAACAAGGAACGAUGUGAUUUACGUGACACUGCAAAGAAGCUGUCAGACUACAUGCUAUAUCUCAUGGUCAUGAAGCCUGAUAUGAUGUCUGCGGUUUCUUGCUUUGGAGAAAUAAAAUUUCGCGACACUUGCACUGAGGCUGCUGAUUUUUUUGGCACUAAAUUGCCGGAACUAAAUAAAAGAAAGUUCUGUAAAUUCUUUCGCAGGGAGAGCAUUAACGAGAAGGAAGCCUUGCAGAAAAAGGCCUGUGAAGCAAUUCUGAACAUCAGCACCGAAGACGAGAUGCUCAAGGAUAAACAGAUAUUCUUCAUUGCCUCUGCAUUGGCGAAAAAGCUGAAAGCGGUACCAUCAGACAAGAAAUGGUUGAUCAUAAGCAAAUUGUGGGUUGAACAGCUAUCAUAUGCGGCGAGUCAUAUAAGAUCAUACGCGCAUGCUGUGCAACUAAGCAAGGGCGGAGAGUUUAUAACUAUAGUUUGGUUACUCAUGGCUCAUUUUGGCUUGGGAGAUCAGUACGAGAUCAACCUAGGAAACCCAGAAUAA